AAGAGCAGUCGCCUGCACCGCCGUUUGGCGGUUCCCGGGCCAUGGGCGGGGUGGGCACCAGGUGCCCAUUUCGCAGAUGGGGAGGCUGAGGCGCCAACCCUCAAUCUGCUCAGGGAGCGUAUGGCUUGGAGGAGGUCUUGGCGCCCGUCAUUUUGUUCUGUCCUCGCAGCAUACCUUGAAGCAGUUCUUUGGGGUCCUCGUCUUACAGAAGUGGAAACUGAGGCACGGAGAGUUGUCCAUGGGGAAAGGACAGUGACAAGUGACAUCUGAUCUUAUUGGGCAUUUACCGUGUGCCAGGCGCUUUAUGUGCAUUCCCACACUUUCCAGUCCUCUGUGUCAGGUGCUGUUAUGAGUUCGUUUCACAGUGGAGGAAUUUGAGGCUCAGGGAGGAUACUGGACUUUCCCAAGAUCACUCGGUCUGCAGGUGGCAAGGAUGGUAUUUGUACCUGGGUGUGUCUGACCCAAAACUCAAGGCUCAACCAUCCCAGAGAGAUGCGAGCACAGCUGAUCCACUUCGAAGCCAGGACUCCAACCCAGACCUCUCCUGCUCUUUCCUCUGGAAUCUUCAGGGGUUGAGCCCCUCUCCCUGACCCUGUUUCCCCCAUGAAUGAAUUUCUUCUGGAAGGAAUGGUGAGAGGGAGUCCAGACACUUCCCCUAAGCAGAUUUCCAUCUCAUUCAAGGGUGACAGAAAUGGCGAGUGACAGCUGCCUGCCAUGGGACCUGUCAUCCGGAGGAGAUGCCAGAUAGAAGCUUCAGUGAGAAACCAAAAUCAGCGGCUGCCACAGACAGCCCUGACUUCCCUAUCGCUAGGCCCAGGACACCGGUUGUCACUUUGCAGAACAGCCUUUCCUGCAGGGCCAGCCCACACUGUGGUUGAGCAGAAUUGGCUUGUUGCUUCCCAGUUCUGACAUCCACAAAAGUGGAGCUGACUUCUUCCCACACCACAAAAACAGCAUUACCCACGUGAAAAGUUUGACCUGGAGGUAACACCCAUCAAGCAGAGUGGCCUAUAAGCUACGCAGUCUUGCUCUGGAGUGGGGAAGCAGGAGAAUGGUCCCCAAGCCCAGGAGCUGGAAGAAACCUAGGGAAUGGGCUCUGCUUUACCCCUGUGUACCUUAUCUUCCUAAAGCCCACAAUGAGCUGCUGAUUCCAUCCUUGCCAUCCUCCUGGAGCUGCACUUUGCAAGACACUUAGCUGCCAGAUGUAAAGAGAAUUGGACUGGAAAUCAUCAUGUCUGGGUUCCAGCUGCUGUUUGCCCUUGAACAAGCACUUCGCCUCUCCGAGCCCUGUUUCUUCAGCUUAGGAGUGGUGUUCUUGGCUUUGGCCAUCGCCUGGAUGGUGGAGGAUCAGAACUGUACAAUGAAUAGGGGGUUGUCACCACUGCCAGAGACCAUGGAGAGGAAGCAGAAUGUCUCUUGCAAUGACCGCAUCCUUCCCCUAGGAAUUGACUUUAAAAUUAGGACCAUAGAGCUCGAUGGCAAGAGAAUUAAACUACAGAUAUGGGACACAGCUGGUCAGGAACGGUUUCGGACGAUCACAACGGCCUACUACAGAGGCGCCAUGGGCAUCAUGCUGGUCUACGACAUCACCAACGAGAAGUCCUUCGACAACAUCCGGAACUGGAUUCGGAACAUUGAGGAGCAUGCCUCUGCAGACGUCGAAAAGAUGAUACUUGGGAACAAGUGCGACGUGAACGACAAGAGACAAGUUUCCAAGGAACGGGGAGAAAAGCUGGCCCUGGACUAUGGAAUCAAGUUUAUGGAGACCAGCGCGAAGGCCAACAUCAACGUGGAGAACGCAUUUUUCACUCUCGCCAGAGACAUCAAAGCAAAAAUGGAUAAAAAAUUGGAAGGCAACAGCCCCCAGGGGAGCAACCAGGGAGUCAAAAUCACACCAGACCAGCAGAAGAGGAGCAGCUUUUUCCGAUGUGUUCUUCUGUGAGGAAUGCCGCCUUACCCUGAGCCUCGCUCAGCCGAGCUGACUGUGCCUGUCCUGAGUGAGCCCCUCACUCAGCCGGGGCCCUCCCCCCCACCACUCCCCGCCACUCCGCGGCCACCGGGCCCGUGGCCACCAGAACACAAUCGAGAAAAUGUUUAUUUUAGUAACUGAUCUCUUUCAACUCUGGAGGUGGAAGAAGUUAAGAAUCUGCUACCUUUCCUGCGACAUCCACUGAAUGGGUCCACGCACCGUGUAAAGCUAGAGAGAGGUGGAGCCGCAGCACGGCCGUCAGUAGCAGCCCACACGGCAGGCCUCCAUCUCUGGGCCUCGACAUAGCUAGAGCCCCGCCGGAAAGCCCGUCCAUGUCCCCCACGACAGAAGCGAGGCCCCCAAAGGCCAGUGAUAGCUCCAGGGGAGCCGGGCUCUGCACCCUGAGCAAGGCAACUCACAUCAGGCCCGGGAAGCGUCUGCCCAACAAAUCCAACACCCGCUUUCACCUCUUCUCUCAGUUUUUGGACAAGUGACAGAAAACGUUAUCUACUCCCCGCCCGCCCGCACCGGCUCCACCCCCCCCACCCCCAUGUUAACUGUCAAACCAAAGGGAAGCACAAAUUAAGGAAAUCCUGAGGAAAGAA